AAACCCAACAAAAUAUACCAAAUGCAACACUUUCAUGACUACACUAUAUUAGGCAUGAUUACACUAUUACUUGCCACACUCCCAUGAGAACAUGAAUAAUAAAGGAUAUCAAAAACUUUAUUUAAUAAAUAUAUAAUUUAUUUUGAGAACGUGUAAAACAAUGCCGAAAACCAAAAGUUGUAUGAAAUUGAUUUAAUGUUUUUUUCUUUUCUAUUCUGAUGAAAAGUUUGAAAGUGUCAUUCUGGCAUAGCUAAACUUAAACGGUGUAACCAGCGUAUGCAGAUGUUGACGGUGCUGGAAAACGUCUUAGGAACAGCUGAUUUUGCCGCACUUUUAAAGGCCAAUAUAUUCAAAUUUUUUAAAAUGAGGCGCAGCCUAGCACCCAGUCAAAGGAUAGGAGUGCGAAUCAAAGCAAAGGAUUCAUUUACGCCCCCAUUGCUCAAGAAAAACAAACGUGCAUGUCAACAGGAACUGGAGAAGCGGCAGAGUGCUUUGCGCGAUGCAACCAACGUUGUUGUCGUUGAGCUACCGCUGCCAAUACGCUUCACGGCCAACAGCGAAUAUGAACAGGCUAUUGCCAAGGUGCUGGCACGCAAGUUUAAGGUGCCCAUUGCCAACUACGUGCCUGACUAUGGUGGCAAUCGUUCCCUGGGCGUUCGUCGAUCCAUUGUGCGACGAGCACUACACGAUCCACAAGCUUGCAAUGCCCUGGUACUCUACACCCCACCCAUAUAUACGGAGCACGAGCGGAUGUCAAUGGAUGCAAGUAAACUUCUAGUCCACGUUGUGGUCGAUCCCAUACUUAGCAACGUUUUGCGUCCACAUCAACGCGAGGGAGUGCGUUUCAUGUACGAGUGUGUGGAGGGAAAACGGGGAAACUUUAAUGGCUGCAUUAUGGCCGAUGAAAUGGGUCUGGGUAAGACGCUGCAGUGCGUCACACUCACCUGGACGCUGCUUCGUCAAAGUGAAGACUGCAAGCCCACCAUAUCAAAGGCCAUUGUGGUGUCCCCUUCAUCGCUGGUCAAAAACUGGGAGAAGGAGUUUACAAAGUGGCUGCACGGUCGCAUGCAUUGUUUGGCCAUGGAGGGAGGCUCCAAGGAGGAAACAACGCGAGCCCUCGAACAGUUCGCCAUGAAUACGGCUACCAGAUGUGGAACUCCAGUGCUUUUGAUCAGCUAUGAGACAUUUCGUCUGUAUGCGCACAUUCUGUGCAAGACCGAGGUAGGCAUGGUCAUCUGUGAUGAAGGGCAUCGGUUGAAAAACAGCGACAAUCUCACCUACCAAGCUCUGAUGGGUCUCAAGACCAAACGACGGGUUCUUCUCUCCGGCACGCCUAUUCAAAAUGAUCUAACCGAAUACUUUAGUUUGGUCAACUUUGUUAAUCCAGAGAUGCUGGGCACAGCCUCGGAUUUCAAGCGUAACUUCGAAAACGCCAUAUUGCGUGGUCAGAAUGCAGACUCCUCGGAUGCAGAGCGAGAGCGAGCGUUACAGAAGACACAUGAGCUGAUCGGGCUCGUCAAUCAGUGCAUCAUUCGUCGCACCAACCAAAUUCAAACCAAAUAUCUGCCCGUCAAGUUUGAAAUGGUCGUGUGUGCGAAGCUAACAGCAGUUCAGCUUCAGCUCUAUACUAACUUUCUCAAAUCUGAUCAAGUGCGGCGCAAUCUGGCGGAUUGCAAUGAGAAAACUUCGUUGACGGCUCUAGCCGACAUCACCACGCUGAAGAAGCUUUGCAAUCAUCCAGAUCUUAUCUAUGAAAAGCUAGUUGCACGCGAAAAAGGUUUCGAGAAUUCGCAGAAUGUGCUGCCCACAAAUUACAAGCCCAACGACAUUAAUCCGGAGUUGAGUGGCAAGUUUGUUCUGUUGGACUUUAUGUUGGCAUCGAUACGUGCGAACAGCGAUGACAAGGUCGUGCUCAUCUCAAACUACACGCAGACCUUGGAUCUGUUUGAGCAGUUGGCGCGAAAACGUCGAUACACUUAUGUGCGGCUGGAUGGUAGCAUGACAAUCAAGAAACGCUCCAAAGUGGUGGAUAGAUUCAAUGAUCCCAGCUCGGACUGCUUUCUCUUUAUGCUCAGCAGCAAGGCCGGCGGUUGUGGUUUAAAUUUGAUUGGCGCCAAUCGAUUGUUCAUGUUUGAUCCCGACUGGAAUCCAGCCAACGAUGAACAAGCAAUGGCUCGAGUGUGGCGCGAUGGGCAAAAAAAGCCCUGUUAUAUCUAUCGGCUGGUGGCUAGUGGAUCCAUUGAGGAGAAGAUUUUGCAGCGGCAGACGCAUAAGAAAUCUUUGUCUAGCACAAUUAUAGACAAUAAAGAGUCAGAGGAAAAGCACUUUACGCGCGAUGAUCUCAAAGAUUUGUUUAGCUUCGAGGCUAACGUUCUCUCCGACACACACAACAAAUUGAAAUGCAAACGCUGUUUCCAGGAUGUGCAAAGACAGCCACCACCGGACAACACGGAUUGCACGUCGCAUUUGUCGCAAUGGUUCCACUGCUCCAACAAUCGUGGUCUGCCUGACAGCGUGCUCUCUCAAUCAUGGACAGCAAGCAAAUGUGUUUCAUUUGUCUUCCAUCAUCGUUCCCAGGGAGAGGCCAAAUCGACUGCACCCAAUAUAACGGAAGAGGAACAUGAUGAGCAACAGCCAUCGACAAGCCGCAAACACAAGAAGCCAUCAAUUAUUAGUGAUGAUGAGGAUGAUAAAGACUUCGACCCGAAUAAGAGUAAUGAUGAGGAUUUUAUGGGAUUUUAG